AAGGACAGAUUCAUUAGGCCGCCCACCCGCCCAAUUAGGAGCCAGAUGGCGCUUCUGGCCAAUCAAAUCAUGGAUGCAAGAAUUCUCAGCAGCAUGAAUGGGAGAGUUGAGCUCUCGCAGUUCUUGAGGGUCACAAAUCAAAGCAUUGUUACCCAGGUAAACUCUGUUCAGGAUGACAAUCGCAAGAACAGAAAGUAUCCUUGUCCAUUGUGUGGGAAGCGUUUCCGCUUUAACAGCAUCCUUUCGCUUCACAUGCGCACACACACCGGCGAAAAGCCCUUCAAGUGUCCCUACUGCGACCAUCGAGCUGCACAGAAGGGCAACCUGAAGAUACACCUUCGUACCCACAAGCAAGGCAUUCUGGGUAAAGGCCGUGGACGCAUUAGGGAGGAGAACAGAUUGCUUCAUGAGCUUGAGGAAAGGGCCAUACUGAGGGACAGGCACAUGCGAGCCGCUCAUGUCGGCCCUCAGCAAACGUCUGUCAUCACCCAACUCCAACAACCCCAACAGGCCCAGGCUCCAAACCAGUUCCUCAAUAGCCAGCCCAUAGCAUCCAUGUCCCCUAAAACCACCAUGAUCCACGAUGAGAGCACCCAGCCCUCACCCACUGGGUUUCGUUGCUCAUUCUGCAAGGGUAAGUUCAGAAAGCAGCAGGAACUCGAGCGUCACAUCAGGAUUCUGCACAAACCCUACAAAUGCACCUUGUGUGAGUUUGCUGCCGCACAAGAGGAGGAGCUUAUUGGCCACGUUGAGAUGACACAUAUUACUACUGAUUCAGGGCCAGGACAUAAGCCCACGGUGGGGGCCAAUGACAAGGGGAAGCCCGGUGGUGAAUUUCCCUGUGAUGUUUGUGGACAAACCUUUAGCCAGGCCUGGUUCCUUAAAGGUCACAUGAGGAAACACAAGGACUCUUUUGAGCACUGCUGCCAAAUUUGUGGGCGCCGCUUCAAAGAACCCUGGUUUCUCAAGAACCACAUGAAGGUCCACUUGAAUAAGCUGGCCUCAAAGGCUCAUCUCCCCACUCAGCAUGACACCUCUGUUAACAUGAAUCCUUUAACAGAAGAUUAUCAGAGCAACCUCUACUCGCAGUACAUCUCCCGCAUUCACAACAGGUUCCUCACAUCUGAGAGAGGCGACCAGACCACAGAUUACAGCCAGUUACUCGCAGCAGCGGGUGUUGACAUCAAAGUCAGCGAGAUGUUAGGUCGUGGGGUUUCCCCAAGUCUCGGCCUGCUCACUGAUACGAAGAGCUCCUCUUUGUCGGGCUUGAAUCACCUUAACCCUCCUUUGGGCACCACCAAUCUGGACUAUCUGCAGAAGUUCAUCUCCAGCAGGGAUGCAGUUAGCUACUCAGGCUGGCAGAUCAUGACACCCCCACAGCACAUCUUGAAGCAUAAGGAUCAGGAGCAUCAGCAGAGCUCCUCCUACCUGUCGGAACGACGCCUUACUGUGGAUGACGGCAAAGUGGGCCUCGCCGACCAAGACCUCAACACAAGCAGCCGGCCCAGCAGCAAAGGCAGCCUGAGUCAUCACGGGCCAACCGAGGUUGCCGCAGUGACUGGAAGUGCCCUUGAACGCCAACCGGAGUCUUCUUCUCCUACUUCAGCUAUAGGUGACAAUGUCUACAAGUGUCCACCCUCCUGUGACUACCCCGCCGUUGCUUUCCAGCUAGACCGCUACCACUUCCCAUCUUGGCAGAACAGCAGGGAUCUGUCCUCUCCACUGCAGGCCACCAGCAGCAGAAGCUCCAGCCCCAACCCAAAGCCGCGACCCCGGUCCAGGGAGGUCUGGAGCCCCGUGAGCACUCACUUCCUUUCCCCAGACAGAGAAAAUGCCCUGCUGGUCCCUGACAAGAAUCCUGAUAGUCCUUCUUCUGUUCACACCAACAAAUCUCAGUAUGAGCCUUUAGACUUGUCCGUUUCCUCUCAUUCCACCGUGUCUCCUGCUCUGCUGGUCCAAAUGUCUGGCGUCUUCAACAAUGGGCUAAAUCCACUUCAAAAUUACUCGACCGAACUUGACGUGAAACCGGCGUACAAGUGUGAUCUUGUGGGAAUAAAAGCAGGUGUGGACAAACAGGAUAUAGGGUCAACAGGCCUAAGCGUUGGCGGUCAAGAUGAAAAAUCAAGCAUUGAAGAAGAGCUGGAUGAAGCAAAUGAAGAUGCAAUUGAGUGGAAAAUGUUGAAAGAUGCCGGUCAGGCUGACGUCUUGGGGAAGAAGCAUGACGAGAUGGUCCCUUGGGCUUCAGCGGAAUCAAACAUGUCCUCACCUGAGAACCAGCCUCCAGAUCAGAUCAACACCAAUCAGCAAGCUGGCUUGCUCUCGAUCCUCAGAGCCCAGAAGAACCGAACUGGCACUCAUAGGACCACCCUGAACGACGGGGGCGGCGUUAAUAAUGUAGCAUCAGCUCGGAAGCCAUUCCCGUGCAAGUAUUGCCCCUACAGUGCCUCCCAGAAGGGCAACCUGAAGACGCACGUCAUCUGCGUCCACCGAAAGCCCUUUGAUAACAGCCUGUACCCCGACCGCCGUCUCCGCCGCUCGCACACGCCGCAUCGGCUGUCCAGAUCGCCACCGAAUAUUGCGGAAAACAAUCGGGCUGUGGGGAAAGAGUCGAUCAACAACGCAUCGCUUUAUGGGACUUGAUGUUGUUGUCAUGGAAACCACUGAUACAGACAGUUACGAUUAUGGCUUUGCUAAGAACGAACGAGACGUUAACUUUAAAGGAGAGAUUAUGCACUUUCUUAUGUUCUGUAAUAAUAUAACACAUUUGGGUGUUCACACACAAAGUACUAAACAACUGUUCUUUAUUUUCUUUCCUCCUUUGUGGUUCCUUCAGACAGAUCCCGUUGAACAGCAAAUGUUUAUGUACAUUCCAGUGUUUCUUGAAGAUCCACAGUAAGUAUUUAUCUGUAGCAAUGACGUUGCAUAGAAUGAUAAUAAUAAUAAAGUCCACUGUGAUGUGAAAGUGUAACAAUAAGAA